AUGGCGGUGCAGGCGGCGCUCCUCAGCUCGCACCCCUUCGUGCCCUUCGGCUUCGGGGGCUCCCCGGACGGGCUGGGGGGCACCUUCGGAGUUCUGGACAAGGGCUGCUGUUACGAGGACGAUGAGACUGGGACGCCGGCGGGCGCGCUGCUGUCUGGAGCCGAGGGUGGGGACGUACGAGAAGCCACCCGCGACCUGCUCAGUUUCAUCGACUCGGCGUCCAGCAACAUCAAGCUUGCGCUAGACAAGCCCGGCAAGUCCAAGCGCAAGGUGAACCAUCGCAAGUACCUGCAGAAGCAGAUCAAGCGCUGCAGCGGCCUCAUGGGCACCGCGCCCCCCGGCCCACCCUCCCCGAGCGCCGCAGACACACCCGCCAAGCGGCCUCCGGGAGCCCCGACCGUCGCGGCCCCGGCCCACGGCAAGGCCGCCCCACGGCGGGAGGCGUCUCAGGCCGCGGCAGCCGCCAGCCUGCAGAGCCGGAGUCUGGCCGCGCUCUUCGACUCUCUGCGCCACGUCCCGGGAGCCGCCGAGCCGGCCGGAGGCGCGGUGGCUUCGCCGGCGGCAGCUGGGCUCAGCGGAGCGGGCGCUGCGGGCACCGGAGAGGACGCGGCCGGCCCCGUCGGGGGCACAGUGGUCCCGGGCUCCAGGAAGGUCCCCUUGCGAGCCCGCAACCUGCCCCCUUCUUUCUUCACCGAGCCGUCGCGGGCAGGUGGCGGCAGCGGCGGGUGCGGCCCGUCGACUCCCGGUGUGAGCUUGGGCGACCUGGAGAAAGGGGCUGAAGCCGCCGAGUUCUUCGAGCUGCUGGGGCCUGACUACGGCGCCGCUGGCACCGAGGCGGGCGUGCUGCUGGCCGCCGAGCCGCUCGACGUGUUCCCCAGUGCAGGAGCAGUGUUGCGGGCCACCCCGGAGCUGGAGCCUGGCCUCUUCGAGCCUCCCCCGGCGAUGGUGGGGAGCCUACUCUACCCCGAGACCUGGAGCACCCCGGGCUGCUCCCAGACCAAGAAGCCGACCCUGGCUGCCCCGCGCGGAGGCUUGACCUUGAACGAGCCCUUGCGCCCCCUGUACGCGGCCUCCACGGACUCUCCGGGCGGGGAGGACGGGUCUGGCCACUUGGCCUCUUUCGCCCCCUUCUUCCCGGACUGCGCCCUGCCUCCGCCGGCUCACCCGGUUUCCUACGAUUACAGCUCGGGCUACAGCCGCUCGACCUACUCCAGCCUGUGGAGACCCGACGGCGGGUGGGAAGGGGCGCCCGGGGAGGAGGGGGCGCGCCGGGACUGA